AUCGGAAGAGAAGGGAAAAUAUUUUAGGUCAAUUAAAAUCACACUUCAGUUUCAGAGGGUUUUUGUUUUCUCAGAGAGAAAACUCCCCUCACUCGACCGACCGACCGACCGACUCUGUAAUCGGGUAGAUCAUCAACAUCACCAUCAAGAGAGGAGACCGAGCGAGCGAGCGAGUGAAAAUGGUGACAUCUCCAGUAGUGAAUACAUACCCACUUUCAAGCUAUACUUUUGGUACUAAAGAACCAAAGAUGGAGAAAGAUACUUCUGUUUCAGAUCGUCUUGCUCGUAUGAAAGUCAAUUAUAUGAAGGAAGGGAUGAGAACUAGUGUUGAAGCUAUUCUACUAGUACAGGAGCAUAACCAUCCCCAUAUAUUGCUUUUGCAAAUUGGGAACACGUUUUGCAAACUUCCUGGUGGGCGUUUAAAGCCCGGAGAGAAUGAAAUUGACGGUUUGAAAAGAAAGCUGUCAAGCAAACUUGCUGCUAACUCAACUGCUCUUCAGCCCGAUUGGCAGAUUGGUGAGUGUGUUGCUAUCUGGUGGAGGCCCAACUUUGAGACUAUAAUGUACCCAUACUGCCCUCCUCAUAUCACAAAACCCAAGGAGUGUAAAAAGCUUUUCCUUGUUCAUCUGUCUGAGAGGGAGUACUUUGCUGUUCCAAAGAACUUGAAGCUGCUCGCUGUGCCAUUGUUUGAACUAUACGAUAACGUACAGAGGUAUGGGCCAGUUAUCUCCACCAUCCCGCAGCAACUUUCAAGAUUUCAGUUCAACAUGAUCAAUGGGUGAAAAUGCAAGGGUUUCAAGAGCUCCCACUUGGGAGAGGUCUUGAGUAGGAAUUGAUUGGUCUACAAUGGGGAUUAUGAAGUUUUUGCAAAUAGGUAUGGCGCGUGAAGCUAGUCCAACUUAACCUCUGAUUUGCUUAGCAGUCGAUAUACCUGGUCUUAAUACAGACUUUGGAAUUGUGUGAUUUUCUAUACAUUUGUUUUUCCAAAUAUACUUGUACUUGUAUGGUUUCUUAUCUCGUGUUGUGUUUAAAUUUUAUGCCAAGAUUAUAUUAGAAUGUUAGUUAUCCAUACAAUGUAAAGGGAAGUAUUUGUAAAACCCCUUCUGCUGUGGUUGGGGUUCUCCUUGUUUCACAAAUCAGCAGGUGAAUCAUUGUAAUAUGAGGUAAAUUAGUUUCCAGUUGCACAUCACUAGACAA